AUGGUUCGAAAGAACUUGAACAAGGCCAAACUCUCAGGCAAACCCUCACAACAAGAGGUGUUCCAAGCCAAAAUCAAUCAUGAUGAAUUGACCGAAAUAAUGAAGGCCGCUACAGUGCUUCGAAGGAAAGAUAAAGAGAAUAAAAAAAUUGAAACCAAAAUGAGAAAAUUAGAGGAGGAUCUAAAGAACCCUAGGUUUGCCAUGAUGAUGCAAAGAUUGUUCCCCAUGGCAAAUUUAACAGUAGAUCAAAUUGAUAGAAGAGCUCCAUUAAAGACAUUACAAAAAUUAUGCAUGGGAUUUGAAAAAUCAUUAAAGGAGCAGAGAAAGUCACCGGUUAAAAGCAUGGACAAAAUUGGAAGGGAAACCGAACUGUUACAUACCCUCAAGACAUUGCUCAAAAAUAAAACCGAUAAUAUUAAAUUAAAAGCUGAAAAUAGACUAUUGAGGGAGAAAAGAGAAACAUUACUUUCGAAUAAAAAAUAUUCAAAUAUAACUGCUCUUAAGAAAUUGCGCUUGACAAAAUUGAAAGAGGAACUGGAAGAAACUGAUCAACAGGUAAAUUCAAUAUUGGAUCAAAAUGCAAAAUUAUUCAAAGACGUUGAAAAUUUAUAUCAAGAUAAGCAAAGACAGCUUAAAUUUGAAAGAGGGAAGAGAGAGCUUUGGUCAUAUUUAAGACACAGGUACUGUAAUGAAAUAAGUGACACUAAAUUUUUGAGAAAGAAGAAGAACCCAAAGAAAAAAAUGCUAGAGUUGGAAUUCUAA